UUGGACAUUUAAACUGUUCGUAGCAAUUUAUUCGGUGGCAGAGGUGAUUUCUGAAACCCGUGGACCAUGUUUAGCAUCUACUUCAACAACGGAAAGAGUUAAUUCCUGUCCUACUACAGAGAUGUCUUGGGCUGAGCGUGAAAGAAAUAAGGAUUGUCAAAGCGUUCAACAAAACUGCACCAUUCCUGAAAAAUUCCGUUAUCAUUGCGUUGUCAAUGAGUGGAGAAAUGCGACAUUAGAACUGUGUGCGCCUGUCAGAAAUAUUGUGGAUCAAUGUGCAGAAUAUAACAUUGGGGCACAUCAAAUUCAAUAUAAUCGUCAGAAUUGUACAAAAUUUUCAACACCUUGUCCUCAUCUGUAUAAAUCAAACAAGGUUUACAAAUAUCCAGACUGUUUCAAACUGAAGUCACCCCCUCAUAAUUCCACCAUUGAUGAUCAUCGAAAUAGAGUGAAUGUGCUGAACAUAUCAUGGCUGGAUGAUUCAGAAAAACAUAUAUCCGGAAUUACCCAAAUAUAUUCAUCAAGAUUGACGUUUUUAAUUGCUUUUGUCACGGCAUAUUACCAAAGCACCUUUUGAAGAGGCAUUGACUUUUCUAAAAGGAUAAAAUC